AGAUAAUGCUAUAUAUACAACAUAACACUGAGCCAAGAUAUACACCUCUUUCAAUUCUGCCAAACACAAAUCUUCAAUCACCAAUUCCCAGUUUCCUACCUUAUUGCCGGCCACCAUGACCAAGAGCACUCCAAGUGUAAUCACAUGCAAAGCUGCUGUGGUAUGGAAAUCAGGGGAGCCACCCAAAAUUGAAGAAAUACAAGUGGAUCCACCAAAAGCAUCAGAAGUUAGGGUCAAGAUGCUUCGUGCCAGUUUGUGCCACACUGAUAUCUUAUGUUGCCAUGGCCUCCCAGUUCCUUUAUUCCCUCGAAUUCCUGGACAUGAAGGAGUUGGCAUGGUGGAGAGUGUUGGUGAAAAUGUUACAAACCUGAAAGAAGGGGAUAUAGUGAUGCCACUCUACUUGGGUGAAUGUGGAGAAUGCCUCAAUUGCAUAUCAGGAAAGACAAAUUUAUGCCACAAGUAUCCUUUAGGUUUCAGUGGCCUUUUAUUGGAUGGUACUUCAAGAAUGUCAAUUAGAGGAGAGGCUAUUUACCACCAUUUCAGCUGCUCCACCUGGUCUGAAUACAUAGUCAUUGAGGCUCCCUAUGCCGUAAAGGUUGAUCCAAGGGUCUCCCUUCCUCAUGCUAGCUUCCUCUGUUGUGGGUUCACCACAGGCUUCGGUGCAACCUGGAGAGAAAUCACCGUUGAGAAGGGCUCAACUGUUGCUGUACUAGGUCUUGGUGCUGUGGGGCUUGGCGUGGCAGAAGGAGCUCGGAUGCAAGGGGCGUCUAGAAUAAUUGGAGUAGACAGAAAUGAGAUGAAACGUGAAAAGGGGGAGGCAUUUGGGAUAACUGAGUUCAUAAAUCCCAAGGGCUCUGACAAAUCAAUUUCAGAUCUGAUUAAAGAAGUUACCGGAGGAUUGGGAGUGGACUACUGUUUUGAGUGCACUGGUGUGCCAGACUUGCUCAAUGAAGCUGUUGAAGCCUCAAAAAUUGGACUUGGAACAUCCGUGCUUAUUGGAGCUGGAUUUGAGACAAGUGGUGAUUUCAAAUACAUUCCACUCAUAUGUGGUCGAACACUGAAAGGAUCUAUCUAUGGUGGUGUGAGACCCAAGUCAGAUCUUCCACUGUUACUAGAGAAAUGUGCAAACAAGGAAAUUCCACUGGAUGAGUUAAUUACACAUGAAGUGACAUUGGAUGAAAUUAACAGAGGAUUUGAGUACCUGAAACACCCAGACUGUGUCAAGGUCGUCGUCAAGUUCUGAGUGAUCUAUAUGUCUUGUGGAAUUGCUAUUAUUCUACUCUACAAGUAAUAAGUGGAUAUCGUGAUUAUUGAAUAUGUUACCCUCAUGUUGAGAAUGGGAAAGACUCGAUGUACCAGUGCUGUUAAACAUCAAGGAUUUUGCUGCUUUAUGAAGAUUAGAAGCCAUGAAAGGCAUCUAUUAUAUUGAGUUCUAAUUCAAGUUUACAGAAGCAGUUGAAUGGAUCCAAACACGCCCAUGUAAAGAAAAAAGGGAGGCCAAGGAAUAUUUGCUUUUUUUCAUUUUCUUUUUGGGAUUAUAGGAUGGGAUAUCUAAAUCUAAGUUCCAAGUGGUA